AGCCGCUGAUGAAAUCGCAGCCGGGAGCGGAGGAGUCUUUGGACCUUCCCAUGGUCGGGACCUUUGACUCAUAAAAGGUUCCUUCAAAAAGCUUCGGGAGCAGAAGAGGGGAAGGAAGAGCAGCCGCAGCAGGAGAGGGGCAGAAGGAGCAGAGCCCGACCCGGAGCGUGGGGAAUCAGGGGGGGAGAGAGGAAGGCGCUGUAUGUGGAGUUUUUGGACAAGAUGCUUUCUCUGAAGAAAUACUUCACCGAAGGCCUCAUCCAGUUCACCAUCCUGCUCAGCCUAAUCGGGGUGCGUGUGGACGUGGACACCUACCUGAACUCCCAGCUCCCUCCUCUGCGGGAGAUCAUCCUGGGCCAGAGCUCUGCCUACACCCAGACCCAGUUCCACAACCUGAGGAACACCUUGGACGGCUAUGGCAUCCACCCAAAGAGCGUGGACCUGGACUAUUACUUCACCGCCCGCCGGCUGCUCAGCCAGGUGAGGGCCCUGGACCGGCUGCAGGUGCCCAGCACCGAGGUCAGUGCCUGGCUGGUGCACAGGGAUCCCGAGGGGUCCGUGUCCGGGGGGCAGCCCAGCGCUGGCCCUGGCCUGCAGGACAGCAGCAGCACUGACAGCGGGGUGAGGGAGAGCGGAGCCGAGCAGGGAUUCGGGGAGGAACUCGAGGAUUUGGGAGCCGUGGCUGCGCCGGCGAACGGAGACCUCACCAAGGAGGACAUCGAUUUGAUUGACAUCCUGUGGAGACAGGAUAUUGAUCUCGGCGCUGGGCGAGAGAUUUUUGACUACAGCCACCGGCAGAAAGAGAGCGAAGUGGACAAAGAGCUGAGCGAUGGGAGGGAGCGCGGGGACAGCUGGAGGAGUGCAGGGACUGAGGUCUUGGAUAGAAACCUGCUAGUUGAUGGAGAGACCGGGGAGAGUUUCCCUGCGCAGGUGCCCGGUGCGGAGGAUCAGACAGCCCUGUCCGUGGAGGAGUGCCUUAGGCUGCUGGAGGCCACCUUGCCUUUCGGGGAGAGCUCGGAGUUCCCAGCCGCGGAUGUCUCCGCCCUGAGCGAAGCCGUGCCCGGGCAGAGCCGGGCCCCCCCCACCCUGCUGUCCCCCCUCCUGGCCGAGAACGAGUCGCCCUUCGACCUGGAGCAGCAGUGGCAGGACCUCAUGUCCAUCAUGGAGAUGCAGGCGAUGGAAGUGAACUCCACGACGGGCGAGAGCCUGUUCGGCGGCACCGGCGGAGACCUCCUGGCGUCCAACUACAGCCUGGCCCCCGGCACCCCCAUCAACCAGAACGUCAGCCUGCAUCAGGCCUCGCUGGGCAGCUGCUCCCAGGACUUCUCACUCUUCAGCUCCGAGAUCGAGAGCCCCUCCAUGGCGGGCGGCUCGGCCCUGCUCCAGCUGGCGCCGGACAACUCCACCGGCCUCAACAGCACCUUCGGCUCCACCAACCUGAGCGGGAUCUUCUUCCCGCCCCACAUGAACAGCACGGGCAACGAGACGGCCGGGCCCGAGCUGCCCGACCCGCUGGGAGGGCUCCUGGACGAGGCCAUGCUGGAUGAGAUCAGCCUCAUGGACCUGGCCAUCGAGGAGGGCUUCAACCCCGUGCAGGCCUCGCAGCUGGAAGAGGAGUUCGACUCCGACUCAGGUCUUUCCCUGGAUUCUGGCCACAGCCCCGCUUCUCUGAGCAGCUCGGAAGCCUCAUCCUCCUCGUCCUCUUCCUCCUCCUCCUCGUCCUCCUCCUCGUUUUCCGAGGAAGGGGCCGUGGGCUACAGCUCCGACUCGGAGAACGUGGACUUCGAGGAGGCGGAAGGGGCGGUGGGAUACCAGCCGGAGUACAGCAAGUUCUGCCGCAUGAGCUACCAGGACCCGGCCCAGCUCCAUUACCUGCCUUACCUGGAGCACGUUGGCCACAACCACACCUACAACAUGGCCCCGGGGGCCCUGGAUCCCGAGGAGCCCAAAGUCCCCAGCGCCGGCAAGAAGAGCGGCGGCCCCAAGGAGAAACCGUCCGAGUUCCUGGACAAGCAGAUGAGCAGGGACGAGCACCGAGCCAGGGCCAUGAAGAUCCCCUUCACCAACGACAAGAUCAUCAACCUGCCCGUGGAGGAGUUCAACGAGCUCCUGUCCAAGUACCAGCUCAGCGAGGCCCAGCUCAGCCUCAUCCGCGACAUCCGCCGGCGCGGCAAGAACAAGAUGGCGGCGCAGAACUGCCGCAAGAGGAAGCUGGACACCAUCCUCAACCUGGAACGGGACGUCGAGGACCUGCAGCGCGACAAGUCCAAACUGCUCAGGGAGAAGGUGGAGUUCCUCAAGUCCAUCCGGCAGAUGAAGCAGAAGGUGCAGAGCCUGUACCAGGAGGUGUUCGGGCGGCUGCGGGACGAGCAGGGGCGGCCCUACUCGCCCAGCCAGUACGCGCUGCAGUACGGCAGCGACGGCUCCGUCCUGCUCAUCCCCCGCGGCCCCGCCGAGCCGCAGCCCCGGCGCCAGGACCGCAAGCAGAAGGACCGCAGGAAGUGAGGGCGGCAGGGAGAGCAGGAGCGGGACACUCGCCACGAGGGAGAGAACUGGAGAAGGGCCGAGCCUGGAAGUAACUUUUAGAGGAACUUUCACGCCUUCUUAUCCGAUAUAUCUUCUCAACCACGCGCGGGGGGGAUCUGGCGCUGCCGGACGCUGCGGGGGCCGCGGGGGGCCGAGGUUUUUGGGGGGUUUGUUGGAGGGACGGAGCCCCCCCCCCCCCCCCACGCUGCCCAGCCCGGAGCCUCCCACAACCCGGGAUCCUUGGAGCGCAGGGACGAGCUGGCAACGCUGCUGGGGAGGUUGGCAGAGGUGGAAAA